GGUGAUAUUUAUUGGUGUUGCUGCCAAAUUUCUAUUCACAAAAACUUGACAACUCAAAGUAGAGAAAACAAAGCAGAGUAACAGAAAGAAAUAGUACUAAAAAUGAAUCUAAACAGCCGCAACUUACCCGUAUUUGACAACCACUACGGGCAUGAAACGCUUAUUGGGAAUUGGAAAGAUAAGCGCGACCUAAUAUCCAUGCAAGUGGCGAUUAAAGAUGCUGCGGAAUCCAACAGCCGUUGCACUUCUACCAAUCGGUAUGCCACACCUGCAGUCGAGCAUGGCCCUGAGCAAGUGAAAUUCUCCUCUGGUCCUUCCCGUCCCGCGAAACCGCUUUCCGCAAUGACCCUCAUUAUGGCCAAUGCGACGAGCCCCGUAGAGUUGAGCAAUAAAAUAUGCCAGUGGGCGCAUGCCGGGAGCUCAACAUAUAAAACUGACUUCACACACACACACACUGAGGACGUGAAUGGCAGGGGCCGUCCGAAUAGCAUCCCCGCGCAUCCCCUAAAAAGUCUGAACCGCGAGUUGCUUUUGGGAGCUGACGCCGGGACUGUUGCGGUUUUUGAAGGGCAGCCCACCAACACCGAGUAUGGGCUACACCUCUCCAACCCACUGAAGGAGUUGGAAUCGGCCCAGGAGGCGACAAAUAUCGAGGCCGCCAUAGUAAGCCUUCAGCACACACACCUAUGCGCUCCGCGUGCGAAAACCCUGUACGAUACUUAUCAGCAGCUACAAGAAAAGGAAACAUCAAGAUCUAGAGGUACCGCCCGCCCUCACAGAACUAAAGAAGUAGGCGGAGCUGAUAAUUUAUCACCUCUCUACCUUAUAGACGUUGUCCAUCCUCUGACAGCAUUCACUGAUAAAGAGCAAGUCGGUAAGGUGCCCAACAUCUCAGCAUCGAAGACGAGCGGCCCCGACAGCGUCGGAGCCUCGAAUGGCUCAAAAGAAACUUGUAACUCUGAGAUUUCAAUGAGUAAAAAAUGUCAUGAAGGGUCCAUGCUAACAACAAAGCGCAUAUCCAAUUAUGGAAACACUGCAACAAAUCAAAGUAUAUGCUUUAUAACAACAAAAAUGUCCUCCGACAAAAUCGUGGAAGACAGCUAUUUUCAACGAUCACUACCACCGCCUAGCUUCCCAUUAUAGAAAUAUAUAAACAUAUAAAAAUCAAUAUGUAUUUCUAAAAAGUGAUGCAGCUAAUCCACGUGUGCCUCAAAUAUUGACUUGUUUUUGCUUUCUACUUUUUUUUUAAUGGUUAUAAUAAAAGUGAAUUAUUGUAUAGUUUGACUGUACAAUAUACACUAAAUUAUGCUUUGAAUGGACACAUCAAAAUGUAAAUAUGAUAAAUAUAUAUAUGAUUAAA